CAUAACUAGAGUCCCGAUUAUCUGGCCAGCCAAAUACAUGUGUUACUCACCCCACACAAACACCGUUGCAAUGGAAACUCCAGAUUUGACCUUCCAAGCCGAGAGCUAGGGCGCCGGGGAGCCAGGGAGCAAGUGUACCUAGGGACCAGAUACACUACCUCACUAGGUAUAUCCUACUGCCAGCACCGGUGUUCGGACUACUGCCCAGCGGACCGGGAUUUGGUGCUUCGGGAUCUGCGUCGUGUCGCAGAGUUGUAUGCGCCGUCGUACUACAGGAUGUGGGCUCGGCCCCACAAUCUACAUAGCACGACUAGUCCCAUUGACCAAACACCAUGAUGACAUUCCCCACUAGCAUUGGGCUUGACUUAUAACCGUUAUACAUAGCUCAGAUAGCAUGUAUGUAGGUGUCGUAUCGUGUCGUAUCGUAUCUUGUACCAUACUAGGUAUGUAAGCAGCCAUCAGCUGAUACAGUAACAACGGCUCGUCCCGCAUGCUCGUGCGUGUUAGAGGCGUAAACCACAUGGAUCAUCCAUGGAUCCUCGAGUCCAAUAGGAAAAUUUGAAAUUCUUCACGUUGGAAAGUCUUAUUACCCCUAUCUUGAAGCGCAUAUAGACCGUUGCUUUUGCAAGUCGGAACUUAACCUUUCGGACCCAUCAACCUGGAUACUAGAAACCGCCUAGAUAACAUGGCAACCACUCGAAUCGUGAAAGUGGCGGCUGUGCAGGCUGCCCCCGUUUCCUUCGAUCUUGAAAAGAGUUUAGAGAAAUUGACGAGAUUAGUCGGUGAGGCGGCUUCAGGGGGAGCAGAUCUUAUCGUGUUCCCCGAAGCGUUCUUAUCAGCUUACCCAUGGCGUUAUGCAUUUGAUGCCACCAUCGGAGCCCGGGAGCCUCGAGGAAGAGAAUGGUAUGCGAAAUACUACGACUCGGCUGUUGCUGUGCCGUCUCCAGCAGUGGAUACCAUCUCAAAAGCAGCUAAAUCCCACGGAGUGUAUAUCCAAGUUGGUAUAAUUGAGAAAGACGGAGGCACUCUGUAUUGCACCGCCCUGUUAGUUGGCCGAGAUGGAUCUGUGUUGCUGAAGCAUCGAAAAUUGAUACCCACCGCGGCGGAGCGCCUAGUAUGGGGAAGAGGGUCGGGAGACGGCCUUGGAGUUGUCCAAACUGAUAUUGGCAAGAUCGGUACAUUGAUCUGUUGGGAGAAUUACAUGCCCGCCGCGCGAAUGGCACUCUAUCAGCAAGGAAUCGAAAUUUACCUCGCCCCUAAUGCGGAUGAUUUGCCUUCGUGGAUUGCAUCAAUGCAACAUAUAGCCAAAGAAGGGCGAUGCUUCGUUGUCUCGGUAAAUUCGGUGUGCAAAGUUUCCGAUUUUCCUAAGGACUACCCGCCGUUUACUCCCGAGCAUCAUGACCGGAAGCCAGAUGGGACAAGAUGGGAGCCUGACGACAUUGUAAACCAUGGAGGAUCUUUCAUCGUGGGUCCACUCGGGAUUCCCCUGACGGAGCCAGUAUGGGAUAAAGAAGAGAUAAUCUUCUCCGAUUUGAAACUGUCAGAAGUCACAGAGUCGAGACUUGAUUUUGAUCCGGUUGGGAGCUACGCUCGUCCGGAUGUGUUUACUCUAACGGUUAAUACAAAACCCGGGACAAAUGUAAGCUUCACAGGAUAGGUUGGGUUUUGGGCUAGGGCGUGAGACGUUAGAUUUUGUGUCGUUUCAUCGAUCGAGGAACACACGUGGUUCGAUACACCAGGGUGGACAACCGUAGCUAGAUUACUCUGUAGCCCGUAGGGUAAAACCAUGAAUGG